CUUCUCUACGCCCCAGAAAGUCACCAAAACCGGGCAAAGUAGAGGUGGGGGGAGAGAGAGGACCGUCGUCGAACGCCGAGUGCCGCCUGCAACCACUCAGGCCUUCUCCUCCUCCUCCUCCUGCGCUGGUUCUGCCCCUCCGCCAUGGCCCCCAGGCUUCUCCUCGCCGCCGUCGCGCUUCUUCUCGCUUCUCCUCUCCUCCCGCCCGCCGGAGCCAUUGACAUACUGGAGUCAGUACCAGAUCUUGAGAGGGCAAUGUACCUGAAUGUUGAAAAUUAUCCUUGUGUGCGGCUUUUGAAUCUGUCUGGUGAAAUUGGUUGUUCUAAUCCUGGUCGUGAAAAGGUAGUUGCACCCAUUACGAAAUUCAAGAACACUGAUGAUCAGCUGACUCACUUAUCUGCAAUUUUGCUUCCUUUGGAAGAUAUGCAAAAUUUCUUUCUCAGGGUUUCCAGCAAUCCAGAUUUUGCCCAAAACGUAGCUGGUGUUUUGGUUGAUUCAAGUGGAUACAAAAGCAAGUCUUUAGGUUUCUCACCAGUUGAAAAAUUUCCUCAAGCUGAGUUUGCGCCAUACACAAACUUAAAUUAUCAAUGGAAUCCUGCUGGUUCUGGUAUUAUGUGGAAUCACUACAACUUUCCUGUAUUUUUGCUCUCUGGGGAGAGCACAUUAGUUGUUCAAGAGCUUGCCAAUAAGAAUAUAAGGAGCACUGAUGCUUAUCCAGUAAAUGUUGCUGAAUUUGACCUGGUCAUGCAGACAACAACAUUCGGUACCCAUGAUUCAGAAUCUUGUCUCAGAGAGACGUCUUGUCUACCCUUAGGUGGAUACAGUGUCUGGUCUUCACUACCGCCUAUCAAUGUGUCAUCAACCAAACCAACCAAACCUAUCUUAAUGGCAGUGGCCUCUCAGGAUUCUGCAUCAUUUUUCCGCGACCAAAGUCUUGGUGCUGAUUCUCCCAUAUCUGGGCUGAUUGCAUUGCUGACUGCAGUUGAUGCUCUUUCUCAUGUUGAUGGUUUAGACAAGCUUAAGAAACAGCUUGUUUUUGUAGUUUUCACAGGAGAAGCAUGGGGAUACCUUGGUAGUAGGAAAUUUCUAUUAGAAUUAGAUGUUGGUGCUGAUGCUGUGAAGGGACUGAACAGCACAAUGAUUGAACAGGUAUUGGAGAUUGGAUCUGUGGGGAAAGGCUUAGGUCAAGGUUCCACAACCUUCUUUGCACAUGCAGAUGGGGCUUCAUCUGUAACAAAAGAAAUGUUGAAUGCCUUCCAAGCUGCCAGUGAUUCGCUUGGUUCAGACAAUGUUAAGGUCAAAACAGCAAAUGCAUCGAACCCUGGCAUUCCACCAUCUUCAUUGAUGGCAUUUUUAAGAAAGAAUGCUUCAACUUCUGGGGUUGUUUUGGAGGAUUUUGAUUCUUCUUUCACCAACCAAUUUUAUCAUAGUCAUCUGGAUAAUUCUUCAAAUGUCAAUUCUUCGUCAAUAGCAGCAGCUGCUGCUCUGGUUGCUCGGGCUUUAUAUAUACUUGCAAGUGGUGACUUAACAUUAGAUCUCAUGGCAUUGAACUCAAUAAAGGUUAAUGUGUCCCUUGUUGAAGAAUUAGUGCAAUGCCUUCUGACUUGUGAACCUGGUCUUUCUUGUGGCAUUGUGAGAAGUUUCAUUUCUCCAAACAAUAACUGCCCAAGUCACUAUGUUGGUGUCUUCCUUGAUCAACCUUCUGAUACACAGUACCCUGGAUAUGCCGAUGAUACUUCUCGGUUUGUUUGGAACUUUUUGGCAGAUCGAACAUCUACUCCAAAGGGCAAUGCAAUUUCCUGCACUGGUAGGUGCAGUAAUUUAGGUGAAAUUUGCAUUGGAGCAGAAAUAGAGGGCAAGGGCAGAUGCAUGAUAUCUACAACCAGGUAUGUUCCUGCUUACUCCACCCGGCUGACAUUUAAAGACAACUCAUGGCAUGUCAUGCCUGCCAAUGCCUCUGAUCCUAUGGGAUCAGUGGACCCCAUAUGGACCGAAAGCUUUUGGAAUGCUAUUGGUCUCCAAGUUUACACAGUGCAGAGCGCAACUUAUGACCAUCUUAUUCUUGUUGCUGGAGUGGGCAUUACUGUUGCCUCUUACAUUGCAAUUGUUGUCAGCAGAGGAUGCCUUUCAAAGGCUCUGAAGCAUGAUUGAUUUGCCAUCACUUGUCAGGUUCCAUGGACUGGCCAUGGAAUGUUCAUUCUGACAAAAUUGCCCAUGAAUUUGCAUUGGCCACCGGGAUUCUUGUAUUGGUGAAAAACAUUCUUCCACCUUUGUGGGCAGAAGGGAGCUUGUGGGAGCUCGGUGCCAUCUUGAUAUGCAAGAGAGAUGGUGUAUCAGUUAGAAACUUUUGCCAUAAUCUUUUUAACACAAACAUUUUCAUUAGGAGGGAACGAAAUACGUAUCCUUCAGCUUUUCAGCCUUUGUCUUAGCAGUGAAUCUGUAUUCAAAUUAGAUAACUGAAACUAGUAUAUGGGAUUGAUCUGCCCACUUUAGAUUCGUAGUGCAAAAUUUAUGGCCACUUGUGCACAUUAUAGUAAUUAGUUCUGGUGAGAAAUAGUUUGGACCCCUAUUAGAACUUGAUAUAUGUUUGUGGUGUUCUUCUAACUAUAAAGCUGUGAUUUCGAAUC